UUGGAAUAUUCUGUUCUAGACAUUUUGUGCAUUGGUAAUGCUUGCUUACUGGAGAGAAUUAGUAACACGUAAAAAAUGCAGGAUUAACUGAGUUGCAGUUGGGAGAGCUGUGUUCGUCGCCAUUAAACAGAGACCCAUACUGAAAUCAGUAAUGGGCCAAUAGUUCUGACUGACGGUAUCCAAAGCGGCACUUGGCUAUGAAGAGGAAUUUGCUGGUCGCGAUUCCUGUUUUAGGGGUCUUUCUGACCUUUUGCUUUUACAACAGAAGCGCAUAUGAGUUUUUUAGUCCCAGCAUAUCGCCACAGGGUUCCUCGCGGAUACACGAUUCACCACAGAAAAUGCCAACCAACGAACAACGUAAACCACAAACAGUUGUCCGUGGAGGUUUUCGUAAACCACAAACAGUUGUCCGUUGGGAUGUUCGUAAAUUGAUGAAGAAAACAAAGACGGGUACAGAUCUGGAACUUCGUCCAUUAAAAACAAAAAAUGCAGAAAAAUCACUGAAUAGCAAACUGCGUCCUGUGGAGGAUAAUGAUUGGAAGUACUUAAAGAAAAUGCCUACGUACAACCAAUCAAAAGAGGUUUUACAAUCCGACUGGUGGAGGGCUGCAGCUUUUCUAGAAAUAGAUUUUAGAAGAAGGCCACAAGAUUAUAAGUGUCAACAAAAUAGACAAGUAGGAAAUUGGUUUCUAUGCCAAGAUGAGCCAUUUAAAGUAGAGAAACCAUGUUUAGUUUACUCGUUUGGCAUCGCCAAUGACUUUAGUUUUGAUGAUGCUAUGGCUACACUUGGCUGCGAAGUCCAUUCGUUUGAUCCAAGCAUGAACUCAAAAGAACACAUAAGGAAUACUAGUGUAGUUUUUCAUCCCAUUGGUCUGAGUAACCGUGUGAUUAAGGAUUUCAAUCCACGCCAUGAUAUUUAUGUAACCAGUGAUCAAAAAUGGAAUAUGAUGGAUCUCCUUUCAAUAAUGGAAAAAUUAGGUCAUAAAAAUAGAGUCCUGGAUUACUUAAAAAUAGACGUGGAGGGUCAUGAGUGGUCAGUGUUGGAUUAUUUAAUUAAAACUGGAAUGACUUCAAGAAUCAGACAUUUCUCCUUGGAGUAUCAUAUUUUCUCAGAUUGGCCAAGCAAAGCCUUAUAUCCAGAUUUACUCAAUACAUAUAGAACUCUGAAGGAGAAAGGAUUCUACAAAUAUUUUACAGGCAUUCAUCCAUUAAAUCACACUCCUAAGCAUUUUAACAUACAAGCAGAUGUUUGUUACGUAAAUAAAAAUGUGAAAAUGUAAUGGUUUCAGUUGUUGCUUGCAUUGCUAUGUAAUUAAGAGAAA